UUGAGACUGGUUGGAGGGUCUAGGACCUCCGAAGGAAGAGUUGAAGUAUUUCAUAAUAACACCUGGGGAACAGUUUGUGAUGAUUGGUGGGGUAUAAAUGACGCACAUGUUGUUUGUAAUCAGCUUGGAUAUCCUGGUGCUAUUGCUGCUCCAAAAUAUGCCCGGUUUGGGGCUGGAAGUGGUCAAAUUUGGCUGGAUGACGUAAAAUGUCAAGGCAACGAACCGUCAAUUGUCUAUUGUAGGCAGAAAGGGUGGGGCAUUCAUAAUUGUGGUCACUAUAGCGAUGCCUCUGUGGUAUGUAACGGAGGUAAGAGCGAGUAUGCUUUCUAUCAGGAGCCUACAUUCCCGUAGUGAGCAACGUCCAUGUCAUUUAUUACAGCGUUUUCACUGACUAAAAUUGAACUAAGAAAAACAGCAAAACGAAAACCCCUAAAAAUGGCAUUUUCACCGUUUAUAUGACAUUCAGUUUUCACAUCCUAUAGACACAGUAAUAAUCUGCUCAUGAACGAAACGCAGCUUCCUUUUUCUUGGGAAAAAUGCUAAUAAUUAGUGUAUCUAAAAAUAAACCAGCCUGUGUGAAAACGCUGUGACAUAGGCCUAGUGUGGAAUUUGCUCACUCCUUGUUUUGGGUUUCUGUUUUUACAAGAUGCCAGUAAGGCAAAGCUAUAAUAUUAAAUUUUUAGCCUCUUGCCAACAUUCUCGGUAAAUGAAUAAAUCCCAGUAAAUAAAAAUAUAAAUUUAUAUUACAGUAAAUAAUAUAAUAAUGUUGUAGUUCCAGAAAAUAUCCAUACUCCACCCCCACUUAGGGCAAUGGAAAUUCAAAUUCCAUGUUUUUUGGAGGUUUUUCCUAGGGAGUAAGAGUAAGAUUCUUAUUAAUAAACAACAGCUGCUUCUCUGUUGAGCAAGCUAUCACUUAUUUUACUAUUAACCGGUGUUUCAAAAUAAGUAAUUUUGUUUGCAUUGAUCAUCUUUUAUCUACUGUUGGCUGAAUGCUUUAUUCACGGCUUACGCAAUAGUUUUAUUGAUACAUACAUACACUUUUACUUCUGAGAAAAAUGUACAAGUUUCGAUGAGUCAAGAGCUAUAUAUAUGUAAUGCCUCUUGAUCACAGAAGAUUAGCCAAUUUACACAUUUGUAAUUUAUAUAGGUUGUAUUCCUCUGUCUAAAACGGAGGCCAAAAUAAAAAAUCAAGCCGAAUUUUUGGUGUUCGACAAGUUUACUUUACAAAAUCUUGCUAACAACAAAUCUGGUGACGUGUAAGCCAGCAAUUUAUACUUUUUUAUACAGGCGGUGUUUUUAUAAAAAGCUUACAUACCUCGAACGGAACGCGGUUUUUCAAUUUUGCAGGACAAAUUGUACUCAUUUGAUAAUCAGGAAAUCGAAGCACGCGCUUCAUAUAUCCUUUGCAAAACAAAUCACAGAAUUGACCACAUCAGUAUAAAACGUUUGCAUGAAGAGAAUUCCACAAUGUCGGGACUGUUCAGUAAGAUGAGCUCUCAGCGAAAACGUUGAAAAAUUCGGUUCUUAUACUUUUGACAAGCACCACAUUUGCAGUGCGAGCUGGCAUUCUUUAAACAACAUAAUAAAGAAUUUAUAAAUUUAAUUCUUCAUUCAAUGCUUUUAUUAUGUGUAAUCGAGUGUAAUCCUUAAAAGUGUUUGAUACACCGUAUUAAAAAAUGGCGGACACGCGGGAAAAAACUGGUGCCUAGCCAUGAAAGCGAAGGCUCAAUUACUGAAAAAGAGUUUCUUAUUUUAUACGAAGAAUACCUGUCAGAAGAAUAAGAGUACAAAUUAAAGCUAGCUUAGUUUUCAAAACUAGUCGAUGUUUUAUUUUAACUUUCCUUUCAUAAGCCAACACCUUUGGAGUUAAAGAAAUCUUUUCUUGAUAAAAAUACAGUUUUAAGUUUAAAAAAAGACGGCUGCAAUCAGCAUUGUUAGGCCCAGUUCAAACGUCGAACUGCACAAAGUACUAAAAAUUAUUUUCACUUGUUUAAAGCAUGCUAGACCAUUGAACGUACUCACGAACAUCGUGAAAGUGAAUCAACCUCGAACUUAUAUCACUUGGGUCGACCUAAAUAGGUAUUAAGUUCGGUACUUGAAAAGAUGGACGUUUGAACUGGGCCUUACCUUUCUUUUCGGCAAUUUUCCUCUGCCAUAGCGGACGACACUAGGUAGAAAACAAUCAGUCGCCAUACGGCCGCGAGCUAAGUUAUGAAUGAACUCAGACAUUUUCCCUUUUUUUUGUUUUGUUUUGUUUUUCAUUUCACCGAUAGGUAAAUCAAUGUAAACACAACCCAACGCAUAUUUAACCCAUUGGUUACUCAGUUUUAGAAGAAAAGUGGCAAUAAGUAUGCAUGAACUCUUAUCGGUUUCACCGUUGUCUUCACGACGAAAAACCCGGCGAAAACAUACCUUCCCAGAAGGACGACGAUAAAAGGUCACGAAAAAGUUUUGCGUGACGUGACAUCUAUCCAACCGUCCCAGGCGACCGUAGUGACCUUUCUUAAAGUCCCUACUUGCAAGCCUGACUCCAGGCUGUCAAACCAUAUGUUAGAUAGGGAGCUAUAAGAGCUCGAUAAAUUUAUAAAAGGGUAUGGGUGAUAAAAGUAUAAAGUAUGUUGGUAUCGUCAGCAAAAAGGAAAAAGCUAAGCUUGUCUGAUGAUUCUUAUUGUAUAUCGUUUAUGUAUAUCAAAAAAGCAAUGGACCUAAAAUGAAACCUUAUGGCACUCCACAUGUGGUUUGUAACCUAUCAGCAAUAUGCGGACAAAUUUGAGUGGUUUGACUUCGGCCUUGUAAGUAAGAAGAAAACCAAUUAUUUAUAAGUCCGCGGAAACCAUAGUGAUCUAGCUUACUUAAAAGAAUAACAUGAUCAACAGUAUCAGAAGCCUUUUUUUAAAUCGAUAAAAAUACCGCAUGAAAAUAGAGGAACCCAAGGGGUUGUUGGAGGGGGUAUGACAAGCACCUCUGUAAUAGAAAUUUCACAGAGGUGGGGGUCAAAAGGAAACGUCCGCUCCGAGGGGGGGGGGGGGGGGGGGGGGGGGGNAUUGUAAUAAACAAUGUUAUGUUUGAACAGAAAAUUGUCUGUAUAGUGCCUUAAUAGUUUGAAAUGUCAGCCAUUUCCACCCCUUAACCGGUGAGCCCCCCCCCCUCCCUCCCAUAGGUUACAGAGUGGAGACGGCUGACAUCUCGGCUAUUACUGCCAAAAAGGUUCUAAAAUUCUCAGUUUACAAGAGCAAAACACGAAUUUGCAGAAACUCUAUUCGUUCCACUGAUUACUUUGCUGAGUUGUGCUGAAUAGGCCAUUUGCCUUAAGGGGUCAUGUGAAAUCUUUUUAUGAAAAUGAAACUUACAUGAUUUUUCCUCCGAAAAACGAUUAGUGGGUCAUAUCUUAAACAAAAUAAUAGUGAUUUGGUUUUUCCAACCUGCACCAUUUUAUUAAAAUGAGUACGUUUGUAGCUGGUCACGUGAUCAAAAUGUGAUUUUUAAAAUUAUGAAUUACCUCUUUCUGAACACAAUUUUGCACUUAAACUUCAAGGAAAAUGUUGAAAAGAUGACGUGGUAACCAUUUGUAGCACAUCUGAGCGUAACUAUCAAACGUUUAACAAGAUAUGAGCAAAAAGUACAUGUAGUUUUGGCCGCCAUGUUGAGGGCAAGAGUAUGCCCUCCAACAUGGCAGCCAAUACAAAUCAUACUACUUUGUUGAAAAAUCAAAGUGCCAUAAAAUAUCUCCCUUAAACGCGUUUCCUUUCAAAUUUCGUGUGUAGAAUAAUUCUUAUGUGCUCUCUUAAUUUUUGGCAUCAGUUGAAUUCCAACUCACGGUCACGUGACCUCUUAGUGCAAGUUGCCUAUUUUUGGCAUUGCCCUUUCUUGCACCAGCGCAUCUUGUCAGAAGCCCUUCUUAAAACUUUUAUAACCCUUUUAAUUUAGGAGGAUGUAAAUCUCUAUCAUAUAAUCUAUUUUGUUUUCCUAAAGUAAUAUUCACAUUACAUGAUCAUCAUUGAAGGUCUUUCUUGAAAUCGUCCUCUCUAGGUUGCUCCAGGACAAUAAAUAUUACGUAUGGUAAUAUUGAGGUUAAUAGUACAAGCAGCUACGAUGAAACAUGUCAGUGGACCAUACUAAGUACCGGUAUAUCCCAGGCUGUAGCUUUGGUAUCUGUACGAGAAUUAUAUCUCCCCUAUUGCGGGUAAACUGAGUAAUGUAAUAAAUUCUUAAGAAAUGAAAUGAAUGGAAAGAAGAGGCAGUUCUUUGUUAUCUUUGUGAAUUUAAAAAAAACAUGAGAUAACCUUACUGGUAAAGAAAAGUAAUAUUAAUAGAAGUAUAAAUUCAAGACAUUUUUGUUUUACCAGUACUGUAUGUCAAAAUACUAAUUCAAGCACUUGAUGGAUAUGACCUUCAGUUAAGAAUAUGUGUUAUUCCCAGCAACGUUGUCUUUGAUUAACUCUUCUGUGAUCACUGAUGAUGAUGAGUGUUAUAAUUAUCACUGCUAUUAUUUUUAUUAUUAUAAUCACAACUAAAACAAAAUUCUGAAAUCUGAUUGACUAUAACUAUCUAUCCCUGAUUUCAGCCCUAAUAGGACAGUGUAAUAGGAAAAUACGCGUUAUCACGCGCGCGCUUCAAAGGCUUUUUUUCACUCUGCUGGCAACUAAAAUGUCGAAAAUUCUUGUGGUUUGAUUAAAAAAAAAAAAGCCUAAUAUUAUGACAAAUUUGUAUUCCCUGGGCAUCACUAGCUAGGAGUCCAAGACAUAUACAAUCUGUGUUAACUUGAUGGUGGACAUCCUUAUGGACAUCCAUGUUAUGGUCAAUUGACAGCUGUCAAAAAGGGUAUCCGCUGAUAAAUGUCAUCUGACUGUUUUGCUGGCAACAAUUCGAGUGUACAACUCAUUGACGUGACGUGUUUUUUUUAAAGUUAUCCGCUGAUCAGUUGUUAGUCUUGAUUGAUCACUGACUCAGUCCCUAAGGAAAAGCUAUAUAACAAAUAACUUAAUACAUCAAGACCUCGGUCUGAUAUUUCCCUGUAAUGACCUUUUUUCGGUUAAUAAGUAGUAUAUAUUUUUGUUACACAGUGAGUAUGUGAAGAUUAUUGAUGGAGAAGGUACCGAGGUUCUCAAUCAAGACGGUUGUAGGCCUUUCAAUACAGAAACUUGGUUGGAUGUACAGUUUGGCUCGUACGGUAACAUCUCAAUUCAAAUGGCUUUUGGAAGUAAUCGAAGCAGGGUGAAAAUCCAGUUUGCUGUUUUGAAGAACGGCAUAUUUUCAGGUACGUUUUAGUCGAUGCUUAUUUUACUGUUUCUGUAUUAGUCCUGGUUUCAAUCCGUUCCCCGCCAUCUAGGUAAAAUAGACCUUCGGCAAGAUAUCAGCCAUCUUUGCACGCGCUUUAGGAUCGAUGGAAUAUAGGGAAUGUCACGUGGGGGCAAACAAGUGAUAAAAUUUACCAAAACGAGUUAUUAUGGUUGAGUUUCCUUAUUCUGUCAAAACGGGACAACGGUUUUUUGAUAAACAUGCAAGGUUUACACGGUAUGUCAUUACGGCUUGCUGUGAGGACAUCUACGGCCGCUACUGCAUUUAUCGUCUUUAAGAUUAAAAGUACUUCGUUUUCUAUUAUCUAGAAUAAAGAUGGCGGCUAUCGUGAAUAAGGUCUUUUGAUACGUUUUUUCUGGGUAGGUACUAUCAUCACCAUCAUCAUCAUCAUCGUUAUUAUUAUUAUUAUUAUUAUUAUUAUUAUUAUUAUUAUUACUUUUCUGUUUUUAGCUUUACCGCUUUCAGGAUGGAAUGUGACUGUUUUGAUGUCCAGUCAUUUUGGUCUUAGCGUUCAGUGGUCUGCCCUUCGCACGAACAUUGACCGGACUGCCAGGUUUUAUUUGAUUCUUAUUAAAAGUCUCGCAGGAAAUUUACUAGCUGAAGAAACUGUCCCAGGAAGUACGACAACUAAAGUUAUUACAGGCUUAAGACCUUCUACAAGGUACCGAAUCGGAGUGUAUGGAAUUGACAAGACUGGACAAGCCUACAAAACCAGUGAAAGUCUGGCUUCAACCACUGAUGGUAAACUAACACAUUUUGGAAAAUAACUGAGAUUGUAAGCACAAUCUCAUUGGUCAAAAACCUAUGGUUUAUCAUACCGGUAAACCCAUAGAAAAAGGCAUCCAGACCACGAGCCAUACAUAAAACCGGCUAUUGAUCUGCAAACAACGAUCUUAGAAAGACUCAAAAACAGAACAAUUUACUUACACAGCCCUUCUUAAUAUUAAAAAGCGUUGGUUUCCAAGUUUUAUUACUGAGCGUCACAAUUCACUUCUGCCAUGCCAUACCUUUAAAAGUUAUAAAGUACAAAGCUGGAAAGCAGUUUACAUUUCACGACGACGCCGAAUCGCAGAGAAAGACAACAACUGUGUGAAUUUCUGGUGUAGAAAGUCUCUAGGAAAACUUAACCAGUGCCAACCAGCAAAAAACGGACAGAUUUAGCAUUUUUGAAAUAUUUUAUGCCAAAGUUAAAUUACUGAAUUAAAGAAAUUGUUUCAAAGAGAGAUCUGAUCAAGUUCUGGUACAAAAUAGGCCACUGCAGGUUGUAAACAAGCUGUAAACGAUGAUGAAAGAUGUCAUAGUUUCGCGCUGUUUUUUUUUUUCAAUAUUAGCACGAAUCGUUCGAUAAUAUCGAUGCCAUAACCUUCUUCAAACCACAAAGUACAGCUGCGUACUGUUUGAUGCUCAAUUUUCUACUUGUAUAUAGUAAACAAACCAUGAACGUAUUCUUUCAUUGUACGUUCGCAUAUAUAUGUAUAUACUUUUCCUGUAAAACAGCUUUCAUAAGUUAUCAUGUAAUGAGUGCAAAAACUCGUAUUUUGAAGUGCUGCUGUUUUUUGUUUGACUGAUCUGAAUUUUGAGAAAGUUCGGCGCUACUAGAUCGUGAGUCAAGAUUGGCUUAUGAAAACCACAUUUUUUACCUAAAACACUCCGUUCUACCACAAGUUAUUUUAAAUAAGCAAUAGACCACACUUUAUAUGGGUUUACCGGCGUGAUAACCCACUUGGGAUGUUGGUAGAACACUCGAAAAGCUUGUAAAUUACUCGCCUUCGGCUCGUGAUUUACAAGCUUUUCUCGUUUUGCUUAAUUGCACUGCAUUAUAUUUCUUGCUUAGGACAGGCUUAGGCUCUCUAGUAACAAUAAUGAUAAUGUAGUGAUCCCCAGGGUAUAUUUUUACGGGUAGCGUUUUAAAUGAAGUUCAAUUUGAAUCCGCUCUUCGAAGCUGGUCAUUCACGUGGUACAAAAUCGCCCUGCUGAAGACCAAGACAAACAGACGGAGAUAUAUUCAAGGAACCAGGGAAUUUUUUUUUUAAUAUUCAGGUCUUGGCUCUAAUUUAAUCACGGCCCUACGUCGCCGUCUCGAAUAGAAGUUUGGUUUAAACGAUUAUGAUUCCUUCGACGAAAAGGGAAGGCGCAUCCAGAUUGGACGUCCUGCGGCGUGAAAACGUACUUUCAUAUGUAUGUAAGUGCCACGAAGGUUCAUAUUCCCUGCUUGUAGCCUUACGUCCAUACCUGAGCUUAUAGCUCACUCUCAGGUGGCUGCUAAAAAAUACCCGGCCACAACCUAAAAUCUUGAGCAAAAGACUUGGGACACUUUUGCAUUUCUGGGGUGUUUUCCAAUUCACUGCACAGACCCAUCCCCUCCCCUCACCCCACAAACAGAUGUUGGACGCAUGUAUCCAGAAUUUUUCCCCAGUUUCAACUUUGUACAUAGGUUGGCGGAGGGGGGCGGGGAGAACUGUAAGAAAAUUUCGAAAUACUGCAUUACUGUCCCAAGGACUUUUGUCCAUAAUUGUAGGUUUUUCAGUGAUUUAUCCGAUGGUAUCGGACAAAAGCUUUUGCCCUUUUCUGAUGUAAUAAUUGAUAUUUUUUACAAUUUUUUCUAUUGCAUAUAGUAUUUUGUGGCUCUCGACCAAGCGCUAGUAGUCUAAUUGUUGGUGGUUCAGUUGCAAGAGUAAAUAGCUGGCCGUGGCAGGUGAUGUUGAUGGGAACUUAUGGCCAGUUGUUUUGCGGAGGAUCGUUAGUAGAUCCUUAUUGGGUGUUGACCACUGCAAAUUGUAUUAGCGGAAAAUCGCCGUCUUCCAUCAAAGUAAAGUAAGUUAUGCUUAAACUUUUUCAAAACCAGAAGUAUAACCCUUUUCGGCUAACGCAGUGUUGUACACAAUUCAAAUCUCCCGGGGCUAAGACGUCAAAUGACGCAAACAAAGACACCGAACUUUAAUAAGUUAUUCCCUCUAAUAUAUAGAUUUAGCCAAGGCUAAAAGGGAAGCGUCCAUUUAUAUACAUUUAACUACCUAAAAGUGAAAAGUGACUUUAAAACUUAAGGAGACAAAUAUAAAUUAAAAUCGAUCGGAGUAUUAGUCUUGGAAAGAAUUUUUACCCCUGCCGUUUGGACCCCAGCCACCCAACUAAGCCCCUUUGAGAAGCUCAAAGCCCGUGAAUUUUUAAUCGUUCAUAUAGGUUGUUUGUCGUUCACGAAAAUGUUCGGCUACGUCCAGUGCACAGUCACGGUUUAUUAUAAGCUUAAGUUUUCUUUGCAAAAUCGGACCGACAAAGCCUUACGAGUAAACUACCCUUUAGAUUAUACAUCACAAUAUAGAUCCGAUACUCAGUAACUUUUACUGUACGUAAGUUACACUUUUUGUUUCUUCUGGCGAAAGACCCAUCUGUAAGAACAUUUCCAGGCUGAAACUCCUCAGAAAAUAAGAACAGUCCAGCCAUAACUCGAAAAAUGGACGUUCUCGUUUUAUUUGUUUGUUUGUUUUUUAAUCCGCUUGUGAGGCUUGGCUUUUGAAAUAGAUAAACGCGCCUGGAGAGAAGGCUUUCGCUAAUUAUCCUAACUUUUUCCAUGAAAGAUGUACCGGCAAUCACAAGAACUGGGUAUUCUCGACCUCAGUUCUUCACUACACAUCAUGAAUUUAAUAUAUUAAAUGCUUAAGCUUAUAAUAAGCUUUUUCCUAAAAUACGCCUGACUUUACGAUAAAACUCAAAGGAGGCAAAAUUGUAUAAUUACUUAGGCUCACUCACCUUGGAUGUAGCUUCUGAAACCGAGUAAGUGAGGCCCGAAACAUUUCCUGUACUCUGCUGCCUGCAAGUUCGACUUGAAUCCCGCGGCGAAGUCUUCCUCAAUCCAAACCAAAUAAACAAACCAGCUUCGAAUUACAGAAGAAUCUUGAUAGCAGCUGUAUUUCAUUUUGUGGCGGCAGUGGAGGAAUACGAAUGGAUAAAAGUGUGAAAUGUUGAAAGACAUUUCCUGUAGUCCGCAGAAAGAGCCUGCAUGAACUGCCACAAACGCAGCCAUCGAUGAAUUCCUUUUCGACACUUUCUUCGACGAAAACCCCAACAUUAAACAACUCAGUUUUGAAAAAAAGAAAUGGAAACUUGACAGCAGUUGUAUUCCAUUUUGUGGUGGUAGGAGAAGGACACGACAAUUGUAAAAGUUAACUGAAGCUUCAGUUGUCGGCAAGUUUGACGGCAAACAAAUUUCCAGACGUUGCAUAAGUUUUCAUUCAUGAAUCAACCUGUCAAAAAUGUGACCAAGCGGAGAGAGGGGAAGACUAGGGCGUCACUGGAGUGUGACCACUAUCCCGACAGCAUGCAUGCAGCAGCAUCUCGCAUUUUUGGCUGUGAUUUGUGUUACUCUGCGUGCAUUAUUUAGUGACUCUGGCUACUUAAAUUAAUACACAACUGCGAUCACAUUGGUCCUUGAAAGGAUAAUCAUUAAGUUCGUUCAUAAAUGGCUUGGCGUUUUUGGUAUAAUCGUCAUCAUUAUCACAUAAUCGUCAUCGUUGAAGUUUAAUUAGCAAUUAUUGAAUUCGGCUUUGGUAGGAUAUGAAGAAUUCUGCAAAUCGAGGAGGGUGUUAUCGGCCGAGGUGGAUAACAACCUCCUUGAUCUGCAGAAUUCUUCAUAUCCUACCAAAGCCGAAUUCAAUAAUUAUUUUAUUACUCAUUCUAAAUAAGUCCAAGUUUAAAAACAAGCUAAAUCGUGCGUACUUCGGUCGAUGUUAAUUUGAUAUCGAUAGCGUAUCUUUAUCAACAAGUUUAGGAGAUAAAGGUCUAAUCUACUCUGAAUAUGAGAUGUCGUCCGUCGAGGUGUCUUCUUGCUGUUCUUUAGACAAUAUUUCGCCGUGAAACGAGUAAAAUGUUUCGCCGACUUUUCAGCCAUUUUGUUCUCAAUAUCAAAACAACGCAACCUCAUCCCCAGGUUUUCUCGGUUACCGGUUCAAUAAUCUGCAACUUAAGCUGCACUUUUGACGUCAUCGGUCCAAUAUGACAAAACUCUUUCCAAUUUUGGUCAACAGGACCUCUUUACGAUGAAUUAUGUGUGUGCUUUUGGCCAAUCAGAAAUGGAGGAAUAUUUGGAAUGAAUAAUAAUUGCUAUUAUUUACCUUUGGGUAAUCUUAUCAAUUUCAGGCUAAAUAUUUUUAUACAACCUCAUUACCAGGGUCUUGUCCUCAUUGUCUCCCAGAGCGGCAGAAAGAGGCCCGUGGGGCGAAUAGGAGGGGAGGCUAGGAAUGAGGUUGUAUUGUUUGCCCUUCUGCCUUCUGUCGGACUAGUUAAAUUAAUUAAAUAAUUUUGCAUUUAUUUAUUCAUUCAUUCAUUUAUUUUUUUCGUAGGUUGGGAGCCCACUACACAACAAGCAGUAGUGUUGGAACAGAACAGGAAAUCGAGGUCGCACAAAUCAUCAAGCAUGAAAACUAUAAUAACCCGUUGAGGUAUAGCAAUGACAUCGCCCUGAUUAAGCUCUUAAAACCUGCAAGUCUUGGAGUAGGCACCGGGCUUGUCUGCCUACCUGAUAUGCUCCACGCUCUUCCUUUUGACAAUUUGAACAGAAAGUGCUGGAUAACGGGCUGGGGUACAUUGUCUUCAGGUGGGUCCCAGAAAAUUGCACUCAUGGAAGCUCAGAUUCCAUUGGUCUCUAGAGGACGUUGUCUUUAUUCCUACACUGGAAAAAUUGAUGAUUCCAUGUUCUGUGCUGGCCCGGAUGCAGGAGGCAUUGACACUUGUGUAGGAGACAGUGGUGGUCCAUUGGUGUGUGAGUUUAACGGUACAUGGUUUCUUGAAGGUGUAACAAGUUGGGGCUACAGUUGUGCGUAUGCUUCAAAGUAUGUGGUUUUUGCUUACGUUAGAGAUCUGAAAGCAUGGAUAACAAACCAUAUUUAUCAAGCAGUGCUGCCUAGAGUCUCGCCACAAAAUCUAUCGGUGUCUACGUUAGGUGAGUAUACGAAAAUAGCUUUUAUUACAGCUUGA